CUAGAAGGAGCUACACAUUUGCGACUUUGACUCGACCCUCCUCUCUAACUUCGUCAAUUUAACUUUACUACCCAGACAGCACGGUGCUAUAAAGUAUUUUUUGUCGCUGACAGAAAUUUGAAGGUCCUGUUUAUAGACUGCUAUAAGGAACUUGACUUGAAAAUGGAAGUGGACGAUCAGGAGUUGCUUUGGUGUAUAGAUUGCAUGAGAUGUCAUGGUCCAGAAUGCCCUCAACAUGGUGAAGUAAUCUUCAUCAAAGAUACACCAACUUUAUCCCGGGCUGUAGCCUCAUUGCCAACUAGCCUGUACCUUCAAACCAUUGAAGGUCAGCGCCAGGUAGUUGCUAAAGGGAACAUAGCUCGAAGAACUCAAUUUGGUCCUCUUGAAGCAACUGAGAGUACGAAGGAUGACGAAGGUACUCAAAGUGGACUUAUCCUCAAGAUCUUCAAGAAAGAUGGAGAAUCCGUACUUCUGGACACAUCGGAUGAAAUGAAGUGUAACUGGAUGUCUCUUGUUACUAAGGCAACCGAGGAAGCUAAUCAGAAUCUGAUCGUCUAUCCAUACAAAGGUGGUCUUUAUUUUACAGUCAUAAGAGACAUUGUUGCUGGAGAGGCGCUGAGGGUUUGGUAUGCACCUCAUUAUGCAAUCCAAUUAGACCAACCACUUUUGAAAGAGACGGUUCCUUCUGCAGAGACGGUUCCUUCUACAGAGACGUCAGAGACUGAUGUGUUAGAUUUACUCAGAUCUCCAGAGAAGGCUCAGGACAUCUCAGGCUCUGAUGACCAAGUACCAAACACAUCGACUGAAAAACAUUGCACUGCAGUUGAAACUCCACUGAAAAAAUCACCCAAAAAAUCGCCAAAAAGUCAGCGAGUUAAAAAAAAACAUCGGAGCAAAUCUGAUCGUAGGAAACAGUCUAAGCCUGGCAGGAAAGCACGUAAACGAAUAAGCCCCAAGAAAACCAGCCACUUUGGGAAAAGGGAGACCAUGACUGAUGAGGAAUAUAAAUUAUUACAAGAUCGGAUCUGGAGGGAAAGUGUUCGAUCUUGCCAUGAGUGCUCAUUGAUUUUAGAUUCUACAGACCAACUACAACAUCACAUCAAGACAGAACACCAGCAAGAUCCAGUGCAGUGUCCACAUUGUGUUAAGAUCUGUCUGACAACACAACACUUAUCACAACAUAUAGAGAGCAUUCACAAAGAGAAUGAGGUGACUGAUGGUACUGAAGAUGGCAACCUUGGCUGCCCGUUAUGUGAUAGGUAUUUGUCUACAACUCAUGCACUGCGUCUACACCAUCAGCUUUUACAUACAGAGAACUUUAGUUGCACUUCGUGCAAGGUUACAUUUUGGAAUCAGACCAAAUACCUUUUACAUGUCAAAGAUCAUAAAGUACAAACCACAAAGAUGGAGUCAGAUUCGACAUAUUCUUGCGCUGAGUGUAGCAGGGAAUUCUCAUCUUCAACAGGAUUAAGAAUUCAUGAAGCUUCUGUUCAUAUGGAAAAAGUCUGUUUGUGUGCAUAUUGUGAGUACAGUGCACUUACAAAGUUGACACUGCAUGAACACAUACUAAGUAACCAUCCUGAAAACAAUUUAGGCAUACCAGAAUCACAAAAGUUGUAUUGUGAUAAGUGUAAUAGUGUCUUCUUACGUCGUGGGACACUACACAGGCAUCAACUUAAUCAUAAAAAGGUGGAAUUCAAAUGUGAGAAAUGUGACAAAACUUAUCGCCGAAAAGACAGCCUGAAAAAGCAUAAUUGCCUGACCACACGGAUCCGCACUGUAUCGGUUGAUCGCAGUGUAUCCGUUCAUCGCACUGUGUCGAUUGAUACCAUGACUGAACAUGUUUGUAAUACAGCCAAUGUGUAUGAAUGCCAAAUAUGCCUGCAAAUGUAUUCCAAUAAAUCAAGCAUGAGAUACCAUACUCAAACUCACAGUGACAAGAUCUACACUUGUAAAAUUUGCAAUAAAGAGUUCCACAAGCGCUUCAGUUUUGAUAGUCAUAAGUUUCAGCAUCUACGAGUGGCUACAAAUAGAGAGGGAGUGAAGGAGUUGAUUCAAAUUGAAGAUAAAACGGAUGAGAUUCAUUCAUGUCAUCUAUGUCCAUGUCAGUUUACUAGGCUGCAACCUCUGCUUAAUCACCUACAGAAAUACCACAGUGUGACAUCCAAUGGACUGAUUUGCAUACCAUGUCAAAGAUUCUUCCCAACCCAAGAUGAUCUGGUUUAUCAUGAAACUCAACAUUACCGCGUCCCUUUGCCUGAAGAUAUUACUCUUGAUAACUUCCAUGGAUGUCCUACGUGUUGUAAGGUGUUUAUCUCCGACAGCAGUCUUCAAUCCCAUAAAGGUAGACAUGAUGAGCAGAAGAAUCAUGUAUGUGAGUUUUGUGGGAGUAGAUUUCGCCGAGCAGACGGACUGAAACAGCACAUUAGAGGCCACCAUAAAGAGCAAGCGACAUCUGUGGAAAAAGGCUCUGUAUGUUUGAUAUGCAGUAAAUAUUUCAAAGUAGCAUCCAGUCUACGACAUCACCUUCUGUUACACACCAAUCAGCGUCAUUACCAAUGUCCACACUGUGAAUAUAGCUUCAUUCAACGAGGUAACUUCAAUAGACAUGUCAUGGGCCAUGGAGUGGAGCAACCUGUUACCUGUGAUGUCUGCAAUAAAGUAUUCAAGCGAGCAGAGAACCUUCGUCGCCACAUGCUUGUCCACAAAGUUUAUGAACAUUCUUGUCCAUCUUGCAAAAAGAAAUUCUCUACUGAGCAUUUCUUGGAGAAUCACAUCAGGAAAGUCCACCAGGGUGAGGAGGCGUGUCAAUGUGAAUGUUGUGGCACAAACUUCACUGCAUUUAAUUCAUAUCGCCGCCAUAUGAGAAUGAAACACAGCAGUGUAUUGAGGCAGGACUAUGCACCUCUAACACUUAUCCAGAUGACUGCUGAAUAAGUAUGUGCAGGAUGCUCUUCAAGCGACCCUUUUCAUGAAAUAUGUAAAUUGCAUAAAGUGUGUGCGCACUAACAUUUUGGUUGGCAAAAACGAGGGAACAUCACAUUGUUUUGUAUACAGGUAAUGGAAGCGUGACGCAGACGCGAUUGUGUGUCUGCUUAGUGACAACUCUAUGGCGUUUGCCAACCAACAUGACCAACAGGGUAUGUACGCAUGCAGGAAUUUAAUUAGCAUGUUUCAUGAAAAGGGUCCAUUUCAAAUUAGAAGAAGAUUAUUAAAAUUACACAGAUUUCUUGUUAUUAAUGCAGGUUAGACACUCAGAUGUCCAAAUACUGAUUUCUAAUGGAGCAGUUUGCUGAUGGCCAACUAUCCAUUGCCUAUUAAUGUACUGAGGAAAGUAUUUACACUACUUAUUCACAAUCCAAAUGAACUUGGAAAACAGGCAUCAAGGUUGAAUGUUUUAAAGCAUUUUGACUCCUAUUGUUGUACUUUCUUAUUUUAUUUUAAUUUGUCCAUAUUUGUACUGGACUAGUUUCUUUUACUAGUUACAUUUGUUCGGCGCCCUAGAGCAUGUCAUCAUGAUUAAGGGGUUAUAAGUUUUGGUAUUGUUAUCAAAAGUGUUCAUGAGUUCAAGUUUGAAUUAUAAAAACGGACCAGAUAAAGUUUGAUAAAUGAAGUUGAAAACUCUUGGAAGAACUCAUUGAAAGGAAAUCAAGGUUAAAGGUCAAUGGCCUCGGUGACAAAUGAGAGAAGUGUCCAAAAUAUUUGGACUUAUUCUCUCCUCCAUUAUCUAAUCAAGUUAGAAAAGUGUUCAUGAAUCCAUGUUUGAAUCACAAAACCGAUCAGAUGAAGGUUUGGAAAAAUAUGAAAGGCCUUGGCAGGCGGUAAUUAAAAGAAAAAAAUCAAACAAGUUUAAUGGUUGGAGGCCUCAUUGAUACAGAGUUUUACUUUGUGACUUAAGUUCUCUUAUGGGAAAGUGUUUGUUUUUAUAAUAACCUGAUGUGUGUAUAAGUGUAGAGGUGAGACAAUUUGUACAUAAUUUUUGAAUCUGGUCAUUGUUUUAAUGGUAUACCAUUAUGUGUUUAGUAGAUAGAUGAGUUAACCUUUGACAUCUUUUUAUUUUCAAGAUGAGCUCAAGCUUUUAAAAUGUGAUGGCACAGUAACAUGUUUUUAACUUAUAAUUAUUUGCUUUUUUGUUUAAUUUAGUUGCUUUUAUGGCGUAGUAUUUAGUAUUGGGUUUCACAAAACCCAUUGAGUUUAGUUUGAGUAUUAAUUAACCUUCCUACUGUCUGACCAUUCAAUUUCCACAUGAUUUAGAAUUAUAGAUGUAUUUUGCCAUCCUUCUGUAUGAUAUCGUCAUCAUGUAGUGAAAGCUACACACAGUGCACAUAUGGGUCUGUGUACAUUACUGGUAUACUGUUCACCACCUUUGAAAGUUGAUUGUUUAUGAAUGGUUUUAAAGGCACUGGACACCUUUGGUAAUUGUCAAAGACCAGUCUUCUCACUUGGUCAACCAUUGUGUCUCCACUCAGUGCUUUACUGUGGGAAAUGCAGUACCCAGUUACAGCACUCAAGCAAUGCAGUUAACAAACCAUGUCAUAAUAAUAAUAAUAAUAAUAAUAAUAAUAAUAAUAAUAAUAAUAAUAAUAAUAAUAAUAAUAAUAAUAAUAAUAAUAAUAAUAAUAAUAAAACAGACAUUUAUCCGUAUGGGGGUUGAUUUUUGCAUGCUGUAAAACUGAGUUUUAACUCAGAGUGUAUCAAAUGAAAUCAUGAGUCCCAUGGUGAACAUGAAGAAAUGAUUCAUGUUAGAUAAUAGUUAGAUAAUUGUAUUUACUGGGCAGUAAAAGUUUACAUACCAAAACAAACUUCUUGUUUCAAGGUAAAGCCCAAAUUAAUGUUUUGUUUGUUAUAUUAUAAAUUGUACAUAAUUAAGUUUUUAGGAUUUUGUUUUCAUCUUGCUGCAUUCAGCUUAAAGAGCUAUGGUUCAAAACUCCCCUUGAAUUCCCCACACUUGGUAGUGUUAUAAUACACUUGGUAGUGUUACGUAACGAUACGUAACCCAAUGCUGUAAAAUUAUGCACACCAAAUCAGUGUCUCCAGAUUUGUUGGAUGACAAGCUGUGAGUGUUGAAACACUUUUUCUUCAAUUAACCUCUACUUUAUUUCUGGUUAAGGUCAAGAAAAGGUAUUCCGUGAAGCUUGACCAUGGAUGAUGUGUUAGAUUAUCAAUUAAAACAGUGCGUUAAAGGCAGUGGACACUAUUGGUAAUUACUCAAAAUGUUUAUUAGCAUAAAACCUUACUUGGUGACGAG